AUGAGGAUACGACGCCUAUUCCGAACCCGGUCGCUAUGCAUCAAGUACAUAUGUGGAUGCCUGCUUCUCUCAAAGGUGUACCAUUUCAUGAUUGGUUUUAUUCUGGGGGCUGUGAUAACACAGUUGUUUGUUGGCAAAGUGAACGACGACUUCAGAUGGACGACGGCACGAGAAGUAAAUGAAGAGGUGACAUGUGAUAUGCAAAUGAACAUGUCCGUAAGACUCGACCAGAUGGUUACACGUUUGCUACCAAGGUUACUAAAUGACGAUAACGCUCGUUUUAUGGGAGACACAAGUGAAGUAACGUCUCCUUUCACAACCAGAUUAACGUUAUUUCAAAACGCAGAAAAACAGGCAACUGUCAAACAAGGUGAUUUCGUCCACGUUGUCAUAGAAACAUUUGAUUCAAAUGGGCGAAGACGACAGUCCGGAGGAGAUUUCUUCUUCGCCGUUAUGUCAAACAGCCUGAUGUGGAAGAGCACCACGGGAAGGGUAGUUGAUUACCAUAAUGGCACAUACAGUGUGUAUUUCUUUGCUGGUUGGCAGGGAAACGCUUACGUGUACGUCACGCUUGUACAUCCCGCGCAAGCCAUACGCUGGAUUGAACACGUGUACCGACCGCGGGGACACAGCGUCAACUGGGUUGGGAUUUUCCAUAACCACGUUGGUCGGGAGACGAGCAUGUGCUACGUAACCAGGGGUACACAGGACAACAUGUGUGAAUACCGCAACUUCAACGCUUUAGGAGAUACAGGUCCAAGUAAAGACGCAACAAUGACUGAUUCCAGGGCUACGUUCAUUCUGAACAAUCUUCCCACCUGCGGGCCAGAUAUUCCAAUGCAGCUUUCAGACGGGUGGUGGGAAAGCGAUUCGACCUGGACGUCCCUCGUCUGUAAAACCAAACGGUGGACCAUCGAACAAAUGCAGAAGUGCCUCACGGGAAAAACUGUUUACAUAUUAGGGGAUUCAACGGUUCGAAUCUGGCACGAGACGCUAACGUGGCUAAUUGGACUAAAAUCCGCCGGGGAUCAGAUCCGACGAUUUUGGACUAGUACCGAGUACAACAUCACGCUGAUAUUUGAAUUCAACGCUGUUAUAACUGGAACUAUUCCGAUUAGCUUCUGGAACCAGAAGUUUGAAGCCGAUAUGAUAGACAAGAUUAAACAUUGCAACGCCAUCGUUGUGCUUAGCCUGACGUAUCACUACGCGUCCUGGACGGGACGCUCGUACAUUGAACGAUUACUCCACGUACGUGAUGCUGUUAUUCGAUUGGUGGAGAGAUGCCCUGAUUCUAUGGUGGUAAUAAAAAGUUCGCAUCCGAGAGACCACCCCAACAGCCAAUCUUACAUUCAUAGCAGCGAUUGGACGUUGUUUGAUAUGAACAGAAUAUCCAGGGCAAUAUUCGCUGGCAUUGGUGUUCGAUUUGUUGAUGUGUGGGACAUGUCACUUGCUCAUUUUAGUACAAACCAUGUUCAUCCAACAGAUAAUGUUGUGCGACAACAACUUGAUUUAUUCUUUUCAUUUUCUUGUCCGACUUACUUCUAA